UGGCUGAGCGGGGACUCGAACCCAGAUCCUCUGAGUCCCGGUCACAUGCUCUUAACCACUACGCCACACUGGCUCUCAUCAUUUCAGUAUAGUUCUUACCAAACGACAGAUUGCUUCUCAUUUUCUCUGAUUAUUUAUUUAUUUGGUUACUUCUGUUGUAUGCUGUUCACAGCCAUCAGAAUGGUUUACCACAAAGAUUUUGAUUAGCACGAAUCUCUGUUGCUAUAUGAAUGAUAUUGCCACCGCAAGCAGCUAUGUUAAUUUUAAUGGGCUGAAUGGUAAUGUACAGAAAAGUGCAUUAUAGUCUGUUGCUGUCAUGAACUGUAUACAUUUUUCUCCUUUCCUCUUGUGGUUUUCAUUCUCUUUCACAAGUUCACACUGAAGCUAUUCUAUUAUUUGGACAUUUUACUCAUCUCUGUGAGCAUAUGAGGAAAUUGUUAGGCUUGCUGGCUGAAAAGAAGGCUUAUAGUUCAAUAGGCUCAAGCAGAACUUUCAAGAAGUCUGAUGUCACUCAGUCUAUAACGAAUGACAUGUUGAAGAAGCAGAGCAAAGGCACUGGUUAUAUACAUCCAUAUACUAUUUUAUUGGCUGCCCAAGUCACCCAAUACUGGCAAGCUAAGGCUGUAGUGCACCCGAGGGUCAUUUUUACACCUGAGGCCAGAGCAACAGAAACCAAACCAGGAAUGCCCGCAGCUGAUAAGCUCUCUUGGUUGUACAACGAGGAAGGUGUUUGAGUUUUGCUGCCCUGAUCUGAUCACGCAAUGUACCUUACAAUAACAUUUGGUGUUGUAGAGUGUGAUAUUAUAGCUCACACUCUCCAAAUAUCUGUAAUUCUUAUGGGCUUUCUUGGAAUGUACAGCCUGCAGGUGUUUAGUAGACUGCAGCCAGCAUUUCUGAUUAGCAGAAGAGGCUUUUCAAAUGAAAAUACAGGAUUUUGAUAAGUGUAUUCCCUUUUUCAAAUACAUUUAAAUAAUUUAAACGUAUAUAACCAUUUGAAAUAGCCUGUGUGUGUUUGUUUAUAUUUAUAUGAAAAGUAUUACUUUACCUCUCCAGUGUCGCAGGGAUUACAUCACAGCUACUUCGUUGGUCAAGCUAGAAACAGUGCAGUUUCGUUUAAGUGAAUUUGGAACACUGGAACUCAUUACAGAAGUUGAAGCAAAAGCUGCAAAAGCUUUCUCUGCCUCAGUAAAUACCAAUUCAUCUGUCCUUAACUUGUCUACUGCUCCCAAUACCAAAACUACCUGUGAUUACAAAGAGGUCAGAGGCAGCAUUCCCAAAUCUGAGCUCCAAACCAGUGAAAAUAGCAGGCACCCUGGGCAGAUGGACAGCUUUGAGAAUUCUCACCAGGACUGUAAAGAGAGAGCCUCUAAGGCUAAUCCAAGCGACUAUGGGAAACGGACAAGUGGCAGCCAGGUCUUUGAAACUGAUAGACCCUCCAAGCGGCUUCGGAAGAAGAGAAAGUUGCUUUUGGAUUCUGAGGAUGAGGAAGAAAAUGCAGAAGAUGACGAGGAAAAGAAUAAAUUGAAUUUGAAAAACCGUAGGAGUGCUAAACCAGUUAAGCAAGCUGUUCCUGGAAAGAAACAUGUGUGGAAUUGGAUCUCAUACUUAGAAGAAGAGCAGAUGCCAGCAGCCCCACUCAAACUCUUUAAAGAGUCUCAGUCCUUUCCGCAAAACAAAAAUGGUUUCAAAGUUGGAAUGAAGCUAGAAGGUCUAGAUCCUGAACAUCCAUCAUUAUUUUGUGUCCUUUCUGUUGCUGAGGUACAAGGGUACAGAAUGCGAUUACAUUUUGAUGGUUAUUCUGAGUGCUACGAUUUUUGGGUUAAUGCUGAUUCACCAGAUAUCCAUCCUGUUGGCUGGUGUGAAAAAACAGGUCACAAAUUGCUUCCUCCUAAAGGUUACAAGGAAGGAGAGUUUAAUUGGACUUCUUAUCUGAAGAACUGUAAAGCUCAAGCUGCUCCCAAAACUCUUUUCAAGGCCCUGAGCACACCAGUUACUCCUUCUGGGUUUAGAAUGGGAAUGAAGUUAGAAGCAGUUGACAAAAAGAAUCCAUCCUUGAUGUGUGUAGCAACCAUUGCAGACAUGUUGGAUAAUCGGCUGCUAAUUCACUUUGACAACUGGGGUGAAAGUUAUGAUUACUGGUGUGAUGCUAGUAGCCCGUAUAUUCGACCGGUUGGUUAUUGUCAAGAAACUGGAACUCCCCUAACAACACCAGCUGAAUACAAAGAUUUCAAAACAUUCUCAUGGGAGAAGUACUUGGAAGAAACUGGUUCUCAGCCAGCCCCUGCAAGAGCAUUUAAACUGCGCCCAGCUCAUGGAUUCCAAGCUAACAUGAAACUAGAAGCUGUAGAUAAAAGAAACCCCAUGCUCAUUAGAGUGGCAACGAUAGUCGAUAAAGAUGACCAUCGUGUCAAGAUACAUUUUGAUGGAUGGGACAAUAUCUUUGACUUCUGGGUUGAUGCGGAUAGUCCAGACAUUCAUCCCAUGGGCUGGUGUGCGAAAACUGGACAUUCCUUACAGCUUCCACCAGGGACUGCAGAUCCAUCAGGGGCAGUAAGCCAGGCAUGCCCUACUCCUGCUUGCCAAGGAUUAGGUCAUGUUAGAGGACCCAGAUAUGGAACGCAUUACACGUUAGUUGGCUGCCCGUACUCUGAAAUCAAUCGCAACCGCGAGAGUUCCUUACCAGAUCGCCUCGGUGGAGAAAAACCUUCGCCCAGUGCCAGUGUACCAAGGCCCAAGAAGCCUGAGACUUCUGCCUCACUUGUGGGCCUGCCGGAAGACUCUCCACAGUCUAGUAGGAGGUCAUCCACACAUGACGGGGAGAGGUCGGGGCGAAGCAGUGUACACAGUCUGUCUGAGCAGUCAGAGACCAGCCAGGAGAAGUGCUGGACUGAAGGGGAAUCAUCUGCUGUUGCCAAAAUCAGAGCAAAGGGGAAUGGUUGUUCACAUAGCUAUAUAAAGCUUCAGCUAGUGAAGCAGGAUGCUGUUGAAAGAGACACAGCAUUUGCUCUGCAGCAGGCCCUCCACCAGUCUGUCUUCAUGCCUUCUCUCUCCACAAACCCUACCCAUCGCCUUCAUCUCUGCUGGGAACAACACUGCAAGCUGCUGCCAGAGGUCUCAGGCCUCACUGCCAAGAAUGUGGCCAAAUGGAGUGUGGAAGAGGUGGUUGGCUUUGUUCAGCGUCUACCUGGUUGCAAGGAUCAGGCGGCACUCUUCCGGCAAGAGCAGAUUGAUGGUGAAGCUUUCCUUCUCUUGAACCAGUCAGACAUUGUUAAAAUUCUUAGCAUCAAACUGGGGCCUGCACUGAAAAUAUACAAUGCCAUCCUCAUGUUCAAGACAGCUGAAGAAGACUGACACAGCUGCUUCAGGACCAGGCUGGGCCAAGAGGGCAGAGCAAGGAAAGGCCUCCCAGGAACAGCUCAGGGGCAGCCAGCCCAGCACCCCUGUUCCUGCGUUCUGAACAGGCUUGACCUCGGAAAGACAACUGCCUAAUUCCAUUUCAAACUGAAUUGGGUAGAAUCUCCUGAAAGGAUCCUGAAGAUGGACAGUCCCUGAUGCCACUUGGGAUGGAUGUGGUGGCUUCCCUUCUAGGAAGAGAUUAUUAUUAUUUUUUCUCUAAUUGACUUUGGGUAUGAAUAUAUUGAUCUUUUGUGAAGAUCUUGAUGACCCUCCAGUUAUAAGAGGAUUCCCAGGUAGUGCUGUUGGUUGGGAGCCACACUAAGGCUGAUUUGAUAGUGCCUGAAAGAGUCGCAGUGAUCACUGGCAUGGGUGCCAGCUUCUGUGUGUGAGAAAUCCAGAGGUGCCAUUAGGGGAGAAGGGAAGGAGGAGAAUCUUCCAAGCCGUGCGACUGAAUUACUCUUCAAAGAUUUUGUUUCCAGGCUAGUUUUAAAACUUGCUUUCUUUCAGCUGUCCAACUACUGGCAAUUCACAUUUUUCUCUAGCAGCAUUUGGCGGGCUGGGUCAGUUGCAGGAAGGCAGUUCCUUUCCAUAUAUGUCGAUUUUCCGGUUAUUAUACCUGCAUUGCAGGCUGUGUAACUGCAGAGUUUAAGACUAAAUUAAAGUAGGUUUAAUAAGGGUUACUGGAGAUGGCUCCAACAGAAAGUAACCCACUAAUUUGCGUGGAAUAAUGGAGCUGUGAAACUAGAUAAGCGAAUUCUUCGGCCUUCCUGCCCUCCAGCACAAGGUGGAAUUGGGGCUUUGGUGCGCAUAUCCAGCUCUGAAAUGAUUCUAUCAAAAAUACUUAGAAAGUAACUAGUUGUUCCACUCAAGAGCUAUUUGGCCUUGAACAUACUGCUGGUUUAUACACCGGUGUACCUAACCUGGAUCUCUUAAAAAAAAAAAAAAAAAGAGCUAAGCAUAAGUACUGCUUCCCCGUGCCCACCGUUUAUUUCAUUUGGAUUCACAUGGGAACUUGCAAAGCCCUAUUACAACGAAGGGAGUGGAGGCUGCACUGCAGCAGCAUGUGAUGCCCUGAGCUUGCAGCCCUCACAUUUGCACUGUGCAAUGGGCGCGAUGAAGGCCCCUCGGGCUUUGGAAUGAUACCUUCCCACUUUGCCGUGGGGACUACGCUGCGGGAGCUUUGGCUGGAAUAGGGAGAGCAGUCUGGCUAGAUGGAAAAAUGAGGAGGGGACAUGCGAAGUGCCAAAAUGAUAUGCGAACAGAGCUAUCUGACAGAUGUCAGUAAGGAUGAAAGAUUUUGAAAAUAAAAAUGAUUUGUCUGUGAAGUUGCCCUUAUACUGCAGCUUCGUAAUAGCCAAGAA